GCCGAGCAAUAAACAGUCGUGUCUGAAACAUGAGACCAGCAAUAACCAAAAACUAUCACAGCACACUGUUGCUCCUGCUACUCUCCUCUGGAGUAGGACUGAUCCAGGCAAAUACUCUAAACAGCUGCUAUAGCUGCAAUGGCAUCAGCUGCCAGCGAACCUCACUGCUGAAGGAGAUUCAGUGCCAAGAUUUGCUAGACUACUGUGUGACCAUCUUUGAUGGCUCCGAGGUGUUAUACAAAGGUUGUUCCUUAGAAAUCCCGACUGAACUGCGAAGUCGCUGCGAUUCUGCUGGCUCUGGAACCUGCACCAAAUGUAAUACCAAUCGGUGUAAUAACAUAGGCUCGCCAGAGUUCGCCUGCCUGCAGUGUGAUUCUAGCAAGGAUACCAACUGCGCAGAGAACGCCGCCGUCCUGGAUCCCCAGCCCUGUGGGGCCCCAACAGCGCCCAAUUCCUAUUGCUUUGUGAAACAGUCGGAUGUCGUGCAACGCGGCUGUGCAACAACAGUGGCAGAUCAGCAGAAGUGCCUGGCAGAUGAAAAUUGCUCGCUCUGCUCGCCCUCUGAUGUCAAACGCUGUAAUAGCAUAAGCGUUGCAGUCAAGAGCAAGCGAUUUCCUAGAUUUCUGUAAUAGAUAUCUAAACCAUUCUAUGUGUCUCAAUAAAGUGAUAAUAAUUGGACAGUAAAAA